GGAACAACGAGACAAGUGACCGCAUUGAGUUGAAUGAGGCUACAAGAACCUAAAUAUACCAGGCCUUUGUACCUCUUUGUUUUCGUCAUCAAAUUUGAGGGGUCGAAACCUUACGAAGCAUCUGAAGCUUCCCCGCAGCUGUAUAUCAGGCGUAUCUGCUCCGCGACCAUCAAUGUAAUGAGUUGUUGUCUCGUUUCUUCAAAAUUAGAACUACCAUUCCAAACAGAUCGAUUUCUUGACCCCAGUCCUGUCUCCGAAAACGAAUACUAUGGCGACUGCAGCUUGCCCCGUCGUGGGAACCACCAACAGCACUCUUCCUCCGUCUCAUCCAGAGAUCGACCUGGACCAGCCCGGCCAGGUCUGUCCCGUCGUCGGAGCUAAGACCGACCACCACAAGAAUCUCCACAAGCACCCCUCGGUCCCGCUCCCUGCCGAUCACCCCGAGCACACCCACGCCGACGCGCAAAAAUGCCCCGCGCUGAGCAAGGUCCUUAGCCAGGAGAAGAGCCAGGCAAUGGAUGAUUCCAUUUGCCCUGUCGUGGGGACCGCGACGACAGUGUUGCCACCGGAUCAUCCGAGCACCGCCAAUGCUUCUGAGCAAGACGUGUGCCCUGUUACCAAGGCUACUGUAGGACAUCAUAAGGGCAAAAUCAUCGAACACCCAGCUGUUGAAGGUGCCGGACCUGGCGCCACAUGCCCAGUUACUGGUGCCAAGGCGUGAAGUACAAGUUCGAUUAUAGCGUAGUACACAGGCUCCGACGGGUUGGGACACAGGUUACAUCGGCUUUUAGGAUUUUAUCGGCUUCUGAAAGUGUUUUUUAUUACAACGCUACGACGUGGUCGACUAGGAUUUGUCCUACUCCUUGUGGCUUGUCGUCUUCCUCUUUCUAUUCGUAAUACAUAUCUAGGGGAAAAAAAUAUAGCUAAGGCUCCAGGAGCUUCAAGAUAAUGCAACAUACUCUAUCCCAUCUUCCUUCCUCAAUAUGAGCAGAAAACAGUUUCAGGAACUUGAUCCAGUCAUUUCAAGUUACCAAAGUGACUGUUGAUAGAAUACAGUAUUACGG